UGAUAUCACCAUUAAUACACUACACGAACUGCGAUUCUUCCAACAAUAGAAUCUUUCCUAUUCUGAAACCAGCAUUGUAAACAGGUAUAAUAUUUGCCGAGGAUCAUUUUUCUAUAGUUCACACUUUGGACGCAGACAACUCCAACGCAUGUUUAGCACCGAGCAAACAUCUUGGACUCUCUAUGUGCUCGUAGCUAAAGUCAUUCCCGCGUCAGAGUGCAUAGUCACAUUGGUGUUCUCCUCAAACUUGGCUUUAUUUAAGAACCUGAACUCCUUCUUGAUCCGCUUAUUCGCAAACGUAUUUACCGGGACUUUGUCUAACGCGCGCUGUACCGCCAGGCAACUGAACUUCCGCCACUCCCUUUGCCAAACUUAUGUGACUGAGGGACAGAUUAAACUGCUCGCAUUAAUACAUAUUUCCGCUUUAUGUACCAGGCGCCUAUUUCACUUGAUAUCAGAACUUAGCUUGUAACAAAACCGAUAUAUAAGUUUCACCAGACGGCAUUCUACAAGAAGGUGUAUGGCUGUAUUCUAAAAUACUUCAACCAGUGAAACAAGCUUUGGAUACACUGCGGAAUUUCUGCCCGAAAUAAAGGAGUACACCUAUUUAUCAAAGCCUGGAUUUUUAUAAUUGACUUGUGACUUUAUUUGCUGAUUUUUUUUCCUUAGAAUUAUGGAGCUGUGCAGUUACCAUUUAAGUACAACAAGGACGUAUGUUUGGAUUUGUGGGAUUUUCUUCAUUUUAAGUAAUGGAGCAAACGGCCAGGUUGUGACUUGCAAUUCCGUGGACUCGGAUAAAUCCAACGUCUUUGAAACCUACAACGUUGCCGUUUCUGGGAACGCAAGCUAUAACUUUACCUAUGAACCCGAAGAAUACGGUCCGACUAACAGGUUGCCAGUAGGCACUAAUGAGGUCACAGUGACGGCUUAUCCGACGUCAUCGCCAUCGACUGCGACAGGGAACUGUACAUUCAAUGUCACUGUUAGUUUGAGUGAGCUUCCCAUUGCUUGCCCUAUAACGAGCGACGUCGAGUCGACAGACCCCGGCGAAUCAACUUUCCAGCUCACGGUCAGCAACCUAGCUUUGAUCUCCGGCUUCGAUUACAUUCCCGUUACCUCGAGUUUCAUAGAAAGUGAAAUUUCGACGAACACGACCGGCGUCGUUAGCGACCGUUUCCCUAUCGGUGUCCAUGCUAUGAGCGUACGGUACUUCGAUAGUUACCUUGCUAAAGAGUGCAACUUUACCCUCACAGUCGUGGAUAUGGAGCCGCCAACGGUCACCUGCCCAGCCGGUAUCGUAACUACCACCACAAACGUCAUCACAUACACACCCAUGGGUAUUGCAGACAACGUUCCCGAUCCGAGUAUGCUGCAAGGGUCAAUCAGCUACAUUCCCGAUACCCUGUCACCCGGUUCCCGUUUCCCGUUCGGGAUUUCUACCGUGACCAUUUCGAUUACUGAUGGCGCGGGGAACCAGGGAAAUUGCAGCUUCGAUGUGAAUGUAUCAAUACAAGAUCUUCCAAUCGUCUGCCCAAUGACACCCGUGGAUUUAACCGUCGGGACAGAUUCUGGUGAACCUUUCUACACUUACCAAGACCCACAAUUCAUCGUCACGUAUCUACCUGAGUCUACGACGUAUGAUCCCUAUGGAAGUAUCACGAUGAUGAGAACUUACGGGGGUAGCUCUAGCAGUCCUGAACUAGCCAUCUCACCAUCAGCACACACUGUCAACGUUAUUAUAUCAGAUGGGACACUCUCAAAGUCAUGUACAGAAGCAAGGGUAACUGUAGAAGAUCGGGAGCCCCCUGUAAUCGUCUGUCCAGAUGACAUUUACCAGGAUCACACCUCAGUGGAUUCCACAUUCCAGCUCAAAAGCAGUUCUGAUAACUCUGGCGAACCCGUAGUAGAUUUUUCACUCCAACCCUUCAUAAGGGAUAUGUCUUAUCCUAUAGGAACGACAACGUACACUUUCACUUCCUUUGACAGUGCUGGAAACAAUGCGUCGUGUUCGUUCAACGUUACAAUUGAAAUAGCUCCACAGACACCUACUCCACAAGACAAUAUCACUCCCGUCACGUCCAUGACAUCCACUCCAGCCAUAUCCGUCACUCAAAGUGAAACGACGACGUCAUCAUCGACAACCUCACAGACUCUGGGUUCCGAGCCAACCAAUGCGAUGGAGUCAACAGCUGAGUCUACCAAUGCGAUCAAGUUAACAACAGCAGGUGCCCUAACGAUGCCCAACAAUUUACCUAUCAUCAUCGGGUGUUCGGUAGCCGGUGUCGUUCUCCUGAUCAUCAUCGUCAUCCUUGCUGUCAUCUGCAGCAAUCCAGGCAGACGAAGUAUCUUUGGGAUCGGGGCCAAGGAACCCAGUAAGAUAAGACAAGUCGGAGCAAGCAGACAUGGGGUCGCUACCGACCCUGUGCUGCUGGCCGAUCGCCUUGAGCGGACCAGAAGCAACAUCUACGCCACCAACGACUUCGACGUCGAGAUGGAAGAGACCCCAGAAAUGACAGAGACCAAUGGAGCAGCUGGUGGAUUGAGAGAAAUGACCGAAACGAACGGAAUGGACUAUAACGACCUCUACGGCACGACAGACGAGUUGGCGGGGAAGUCAGUCUUAUGAAAUCUGGACGUCGAACACGAUAUCGAACCCCUCAUCGUCAAUUUAAUGAACACUUUUCGAACC